AUGACCUCAGCUUCGGUGGUCACUUCGAGCGCCGUGAUCCACUGCCCGCUGCCGGCCACGUUCGAGAAUGCCGUCGCUGCUGUGCGGCAGGCGCUGCCAGAGGAACGUCAUGUGGAGUUGACCAAGCAGAACCAGGCAAGGUAUGCACUCGUAAGCUAUGAUGCCCUCGGCAACUCUGCCGUCUCCAUCGCGAAAACUGAGCAUCGCGGGAUCACCGUGCAGCAACUGCUACAGAUCGAGAAGUUCAUCCGGAAGCAUGCGCGUUUUUGGGUGGAGACGUUUCCACAGAGCCCCAGCUUCGGUUUGCCAUUGGAGUUCGACAAAUUCAACCUAUACCAUGCGUGUUAUUGGAUCAUUUCGCCGGCCACGCGCAAGCUCUGCUGCAGCCUGGUGGAGCUCGUGGCAAUGGAUGCUGACGCGCAGUAUCCAUGGUGGUUUGUGAGCCACGCAUGGCAGGAAGCCGUCUUCAAAUUCGUGGCUUGUCUUCGGCAGCAUGCUGCGCUGCGAAAUGUGGCGGAUGGCGCGUACUGGGUGUGCGCCUACGCCAAUAAUCAGCACAAGCUCGAGGAAGAAAUCUGCGCAAAUCCGCGCUCAACUUCAUUUUAUCGCGCGAUGCAGUUAUCCAUAGGCGUCGUACUGAUCUUGGAUGAGAAAGCAACGCCUUUCACAAGGAUUUGGUGCUGUUUUGAGGAAAGCAUCGCCGUGGAAGAACGCAAUGCUGGGAUGCCGCUGCUCCUGGAUGUGGCUGCGACUGAUUCUGCCAACGAGGCGCACGUGCUGACUGAUGGCUUGGCGGCCGCAGAGGCGUGCCGGAUGCCGCUGCUUGGCUUUUUGGCCAAGUCUGUGCGUGAAGCAGCCUUCCCCACACCACUGGUGCAGAAGGGCCUGGAAGUUGACAUCGCGCGAGCCGAUGCCAGCCACGCGUCGGACAAGACAGCCAUCCUGAAUUCCAUCAGGUUGCCACGUGCAAGGACCAAGGUACUCUCUGACCCCGCACCAUUGGACGAUCCAAAUUAUACAGCCGUGAACCAGGCGUUGGCGGCGCACUUUGCACUGGCGUCGUGGUUCGGGUCCGUGGCGCGGAAACGCGACUCGUUCGACUCCUCCAAGCUCUUGAGCGCCCUGGCGGCAGACAGCUUUCGGAGAGUGGUGCAGCUGUCCUUCACGGGCUGCUGUGGCUUCACAGAUGCGGAGCUGAACCAGCUGCUGCGGCACCUUCCCAGGCAGCUGCUGAUGCUUCGUUUAGAUAUGGGCUUCAGUGGAGUCCAAUGCUGGGCUUUCCCAGAGGUCGAGGAGAUGGAGAUGCCUCCACUGCAGGAACUCAGCCUGCGCUUCACGGGCUCCCACCUGGCAAACGCUUCGGGCUUGGGGCAGAUGCUCGGUGCCAAGCCGAUGUCGCAGUCCUUGGUGGAACUGGGCUCAUGGGAGCAUCUCACGAAGCUGAAACUGGAAGAAUUGGUGUUGCAGCUGAACUCUUGCAAGGCCGUCACUGACGAAGCCAGGCAAUCCUUGUAUGAUUGCGUCCAACGUCUGAAACGUCGUCAGAGAGGAUUGGAACUGCGCUUGAGGAUCGAGGGUGUGGCUGAGCGAUCAUGGCCCUGGGUGCCAUGUCAGAGGCCAGCUGUCAAGGAUUUGGAGUUGGCAGGCGGCAAGAGUGUGGACAAGUUGGAGAAUUUUGGAAGUGAGACUCUACCAUUCCCAUGUAGCUACGGCGGCUGCGACAUCUUCCAUUCGAACUUGAGUGGCUUUUGCCCGAAGCACCGCAUGUGGCGGCAUUGUUGGAAGUCGGCGCGCGUUUGGCAGACAGCUUGGUGCUGGACCGAGCUCAGCUUGCUCUGCGCGAUCCAGGCCGCGGCCGAGAUCGAGCAUCGCGCCACGCUGGUGGCCAUCCUGCUCUCGUUGUAUCCGGUGUUCUGCUUGUCAUUGGAAGAGUCUGUGGGAAUUCCAUGGGCCGUGACUUGCGCAUUGCUCUUGGUCGCCGUGAUUUGCAGCUUGGUAACUACCAGCGUGCGCUUUGACAACAUGCGAGUACAGAUUCUAAAGCAAUCAGUGGCAACAGAAGCAAGCUACUCUCAGGUGCUGCAGUUGCCAGAUUCUGGCAACAUGCUUCGAGUUCCUACCAUGGCGGGCUGCAGCUACCCAGAUUCGAGCGUUUUGCAUCAACGAAGCACGGGCUUGAGAGCCAUGAAGUUGGUGCUUCCCAAUGCAACUGUGAAGAUCAAACUCUUGACGCAUUUGAGCAACGAAGAGCAGCAAAGCCCAGAGAAAGUGUUGGAUGCCCUGCGAUGUGAACUGGUGUGCGAAGACAUGCUGGGAGUGCAGGAGGCGUUCAAGGGCUUGGAGGACAGAAUCCAGAGCGAAGACUUGGCCUCCCUGCAAAUCGCUGCAGUUCAGGAUACCUUUGCGGAGAUGAGCGGCCACAAGUGCUGCCAGGUGAUCCUGCAGAUGGAGAAUUAUUUUGCCUCGGUUUUUCUCAUGGAUGCGUUCCUCACGAGGAUGGACAAUGAGCUGAGCAGCGUGACAAAGUUGGCUGCGCAGUUUGGGUUGCUAGAUGACAUGAAAUCCAAGUGGGAGACUUCAUCAAGGCUUUGGAAUUCCGUGUCUGACGUUCGCAGACCUUUGGUCCUUGUAGGGACCAUUUUCUUGCAAGUUCUGGCUUUGGCCAUGUCGAUGUUCAUGGCGCUUCAAUAUUUCCUACGCUAUGCUCACAGGAUCCGGCCCCAAUUGCCUGACUUGGUUUUGGAUGGCUUGCUGCUGGACAGAGGAGAGGAGUCCGGUGAGACUAUCCUGGAGGCCAUAUUUUUGGCACUGCCCUACCUCGUUUUGGUGGCCGUUUUCCUGCAGCAGUUGGUGUGUCGGAAGCAAAGCAGGAAAAGGCCUCAACCGACGAAGAUCCUGUACGAGCGAUAUUUUGGGCUGCGCGGAGUUUACUACCCCGUCAAGGUGGCGAUUUUGCAAGGUCUCACCGUCAUGGUGCAAGCCUUUGGAAAAAUCUCCUUGUUGGGGGGCCUCGUCACCUUUGCCCAAGAAGAGCAGGACGCGACUGCCAUUCUUUGGCUUAGUGUUGGCUUCUGGGCUUUCUUUGCUCUGCUGUGUUGGAACAGUCUCUAUCCCGCCUUUCUUCUUAUGUUCCCUGACACUGCCUGGGCUCGAAUUGGAGCAGCAUUUACGGAUGCUGCUCUGGACCUUGGCUACAUCUUGACCUACCUGGGUAUGGUCUUGGUGGCCAUGCUGCGAUUGCGGACAGCCUCCGAAGGUUGGGGAAAUUUUGGCGAGGACUUGACGUUGCAAUUCAGCAAUCGCAUCAGCCCCGUGUUCGCUUUUCCCACCGACCUAUUGGGCUAUUGCGCCGUGUAUUUCAACUUGGCGCAUGCAUGCUGCAUUGCACACAUUUUGCAGCACACUACUUGGCGUUUGCCAGUGCGACCCAGGGGCGAGCGCCAAAAGUCUCGAUGCCUUCCAAGACUAUUUGGGUGCUCCCUUUCCAUUGGGCUUCUGUCGAUGCUGAUGACGCUCCUUGUGACGCAGGAAGUCUUCCCAAUGACCCAUGGACGGGAUUUCACGUGUUUCCCGUGCAAUUGCGCUAAAAAUGUUGGCUCGGCCGGCCAACAGAUUAGCAGCUGCAACCUUGCAGUCGUCCUCAGACAGACGCAGGUGAACCUCGCUGCGAAGAACAUCACUGCCGUGGACCCAAAGGCUUUCAGCAAACUCGGACAUGUGCAGCGCCUGUCAUUGGCGAACAACA